AGGAGAGGAAGAGGAGAGGAAGAGGAGCCGAUGGAGGCGGCGGAGCCCGGCGGGCAGUGCUGGCUGCGGCCCUUCUCCUGCGAGCAGGGGCUGCUCUCGCGGCCCGACGGCUCGGCCGCCUUCCUGCAGGGUGAGACCUCGGUCCUGGCCGGGCUCUACGGCCCCGCCGAAGCGAAGCUCAGCAAGGAGCUGCCGGACCGGGCGGCGCUGGAGGUGCUGCUGCGCCCCAAGGUGGGGCUGCCAGGGGUGCUGGAGCGGAGCCGGGAGCAGCAGCUGCGCCAGACGUGCGAGGCCGUGGUGCUGGGGGUGCUGCACCCACGCACAGCCAUCACACUGGUGCUGCAGGUGCUCAGCGACGCAGGAUCGCUGCUGUCGUGCUGCCUGAACGCCGCCUGCAUGGGGCUGCUGGACGCGGGGCUGCCCCUCUCCUCCCUCUUCUGCGGCGUCACCUGUGCCCUCGGCCCCGAUGGCACCAUCACCCUCGACCCCACAGCACGGCAGGAGCAGGAGGCCCGCGCCGUGCUCACCUUCGCCAUCGACAGCAGCGAGAGGAAGGUGCUGAUGGCCACCACCAAGGGCAGCUGCUCCGUGGAGGAGAUGCAGCAGUGCCUGGUCACGGCCCAGCGUGCCGCAGACACCAUCUUCCAGUUCUACCGCGAUUCCCUGCACCGCCGGUACUCCAAAUCCUGACCGGGCCAGCCCGGACCCCCCACCCAGUAAAGGACCUUUCUGUA